UCUUUUUUCGGAUCUGCGAGUUCAAGUUUGCAAUGCUUGAUCUUGUCCAGGAUGACUUUUUUUCGAGAUCAGACCAAAUCCGCAUAUCCGCUCCUCCCAAAAUGGGAGGGCCCUGGUAGGAUCCAUUAUAUCUUUGCCCCACUUAAUGGUCAUCUGACCGCUAUUCUAAAUCAAUGCCCGAUCCUCGGACCACCAAAGUGAAAUCUGACUCAACAUCGAAGAUGAGGCAGCAGAGAAUCACAGACUUCUUUCCCCGAGCCAACGGCGUAGCGGCGGCGCCGGCGGCGGCGGCAGCGAGCCCUGUCGUCCCAAACCUCAUGAGACUGCCGCCCAACGUUAGGCGAGCAAUCUACAACCUCGCCGGCCUUGAACAGGAGGCAAUAGAACCGUUCAUCGACCUCAACUGCUGGAGAAAUCGCCAACCAGAUACGCUGUCCCAGGACGAUUGGUGCGGAGAUAUUGAGUCCAAGGAUCUAGAGAAGUCGCCGGAUGGAUACUCUCUAGCCGAUGUCUGGAAGCGCGUACGUCUCCGCGUCAAUUGGAGAAGGAGAAUUCCGAUCAACCUCCUACAUCUGUCUCGCACCAUCCACGACGAGGUGGAGGAGGCCCUAUACGUGUCCCGUAUUUGGGGAGUUUCAGCAAGCGGCGCUGGCGGGUUGGAUGUUCUCGAGAACCUUAGCCCAAAAGCUAUGAAGGCAAUCAGAUGCCUACUCAUCAGCCUCACUCCUUGCGGAUGCUCCAGCUGCUUCUUGUCAGGAGUCUGUACGAAUCCCAUACCCACCGACUUGAGGCUAUAUCAUAGCGUGUAUGACCCGUGGUUCUCUCACUUCAUUGAGCCGAGCGGCUGUCCUUGGAGCGAGCGGGAGGGAGGGGACGCAUACCGCAACGAGAGGCCUCUGGAUAUUCGCUUGACGCUUGACCGCCGCACUACCGCACAGUGGGACAGGAUCUGCCAGAAGCUAGAGCAGAGUGCUGAGCUGCAGCGACUCAGUCUCUAUGUUCACUGCGUGGUCAAGGACUUUAGGACGGCUGAGCGUAUCGCGACGCCACUUCGUCAACUCCACUCACUCAAGGAUCUCGGUAUUUCGUUCGGACGGCGCAAGAAGACACCAGCUUCACACGACGAGCAGCUCUCCGCAUUAGCGAGGGCCACAGUCGAGGCAGCAAAGUACCAGCCCAGCUUCCCCUUCUUCGAUCUCCCCACAGAACUACAGCUUCAAGUCCUGGGCUUCACGCAUAUUGUUAAUGAUGGCUACGAAGUCAAGUACUUUGACAAGAGGCCCGUGCUGAACCGGCUCUGCGACGGCGGCUCCGAGCAUGUCAUCCCCCAAUUUUCGAGGCUCGAAGGGCACUACGCCUGGCUUCUCAGCGAGGUGUUCUGUGCCAAAACCAGCAUGGCGUUUAGGGGCCGCUGCUGUCACUGCAAUGCGGUGCCAGUCUCAUACUUCCUCGUCAGCAAGCAAUUCCGCGCCCUGGCGCUGGAGUUAUUUUACGGCCGCAACCGCAUCCUAGCCGCAUACAACAACAUCAGCUGGUGCACGGUGGCCGCUCUCGAGCCUAGCGGCGGCGUACGCACUAGGACCGCGACCCCGCACGUGCUGCACCACCUCACCCGGCUGACACUCGUCGCGUCGAUCCGACGUAACGUGAGCGCUACAGUCGAGUUCACGCGCCUCGUUGAGCUGCUCCGCACGCACGCGCGUCUGCCGUCGCUGACCUUGGAGCUACACGUGCGCGACGCGCAUGGGCGAGAUGACGUAGUGGCGGCGCUCCAGGGUAUCCCCGGCGCGCGCGGUGAGGCGCGGCGCAGGAGGCGCCACACCGAGAUCUAAUUACAGGGUGAUAUUCCGGCAUGUCCGCAAGAACCUUGCCGGGUGCGGCUUGAAGGCAUUCCUCCUGUAUCUGUGGUGGGAGGGGUUCGUCCCCGAGACCACGGGCGAAGACGUCGAGGCGCGGAGGGAGCUGGAGCGGGAAAAGGAGAGAGAGAUUAUGGGUGAGGGAUACGACUCGGAGAAAUGGGGCAAGGAGCUCCACCGAAAGCCAUUCCCUCGCUCAAGAAUCUUGGUGAGGCGCAGCUGGUAUUGAGCGUCCCCCCCUGUUGCAGUGGCUGUUUCAUCGGGCCGAUCUCGUCGGUCUGGCGACGAACGCACGCACGCUGAGGCUGCGGAUAUGGGCGACACAGUUGAGCGGUCGGCACAGUCACAGUGUUUGAGUG